GUUGUGGAGGGGGGCCAGACCAAGAUGGCGGUUCCCUCCACUAUCCAUCCCUGCCACAGUGUCGAGUGACUCGACUCGGCCAGCUUGUCUCAAUGUAGUUUGGAGCCUCCACGCGAGUAAACCUUGGUUCCGAAUUGUUUGUGGAUCUUACAUUAUGCCAGCUUGUUGUUCAGCGCCUGGGUGCAAAAGCCGUGGUUAUAAUGAUAACCUUACUUACCACAGAUUCCCGAAAAAUCCCCAACUCCGCCAGAAGUGGACGGAAGCCACUGGCAGAUCUGACUGGGAGCCCAAGGCCAACACUGUUCUCUGCUCAAAGCACUUUCGCGAGGAGGAUUUAGACAGAACCUCUCUAUCUUGUGUUAGAGUGAGAGAAAACGUCAUACCGUCCUUGUUCCCAGACGGUACUCCGCCGAAACACGAAAAGGGGAAACCACCAAAGAGAAGAAAUUGUAAGCUGCCUUUGCCGUCUUCCGAAGCAUUGGUGAGAAAGGAAAUUGAACAGCAAGAACUGAACCAGGUGAAAAUAAUUGUACUGUUUAAAAACGCUCAUGAGCAUUAGGAUUGAUAGAAAGAUAUAUCUUCUCCAAUGUGUCUUAUCAAUAUAUGGUAAGCAAGAACGUAGCCAGGAAAAAUUUGGGGA